AUGGCGUUGAAGCGAAUCCAAAGGGAGCUCUCAGGCAUGAUCCGUGACCCCCCAGCCCAGUGCUCAGCAGGGCCGGUAGGGGAUAAUAUGUUCCACUGGCAAGGGACAAUUAUGGGACCAACCAACAGCCCCUAUCAGGGUGGGGUCUUCUUUCUGGCAAUCAGCUUCCCGGCUGACUAUCCUUAUCACCCACCUAAAAUUACCUUCACUACCCUAAUUUACCAUCCGAACAUCAGCAAACGGGAUAACAUCUGUUUGGACAUACUGAACUCUGAGUGGUCGCCAGCACUUACCAUCUCAAAGGUACUAUUAUCUAUCUGUUCCUUGCUGUGUGACCCGAAUCCUGAUGAUCCAUUGGUCCCUUCGAUUGCAAAGAUCUACAAGAAUGAUAGGGAAAUGUAUGACAAACUGGCCAAAAAAUAUACACACAAAUAUGCCACCAUGUAA